AUGAAUCACAUCUCGCUACUGGUCAACGAUCUCGAAGUCAGUCUCGACUUCUACACUCGUAUUCUUGGCAUGCGAGUCAUUCACGAUAUCGAGGCGACUGAAUGGUUUGGCAUCGUCUAUCUCGGCUACAGCCAUGGCGGCAGAAACGGAACCGGACGGCAACCGAGUUCGGAACUCUACCGGCAACGAAGCAACAUUGAAGGUCUCAUCGAAUUAGUGUAUCGAAGCAAUCAAGCUGGCAGGCGAGAACCGGGUGGGACUCUCUCGCAUCUGGGCUUUGUUGUCCCUGAUGUUGCCGCGACGCAAAAGAGAAUGAAGGAUAAUAAUGUGACGAUUAUACGCAAAGCUGGAGAGUUGCCACAAACCCUUCCAAAACCCCUUGCCCGAGCAUUCGGGUUGUUGAACCUGACGAAGGUAGAGAAUGACGCAAUUCUUAAAGCUAUGCCUCGGCAUUUGAUGGUGGCGGACCCGGACGGCAAUAUUGUUGAGUUCCAGCCCCAGAUUUAG